UCAAAAUGUGCGUAUCAUCACAGGAAUCAAUCUCUCCCCGGCCCGCUCAGGGCUGGGCUCGCCCUGUUUCAAAUAAAUUGCACCAUUGUUUUUUAGCAACGCCGUCACAAUCAUGCAAUCCUGACAAUCCUGUUUAAAGAUGAGGCAAUAGUUUAAUACGAGUCAUGAUUUACGAUCUCUGCGAUGUUUAAUGCUAAUCAGCGGGCUAGCCUUGGACAUUGUGUACACUGCAGCAGCGAAGCAGGACACUUCUUUGUUUACGUGUCUUUUUACGCACUUUUUUAAAUUGAUGCGGAUUCAUGAGUGAAGCGAUCUGAAAUGAAUGGAGUCCAGCUGUCCUAGUAAAACGUUUACCCUGUCAGGAAAACACGGCAUGAAUGGAGCAAAAAGCGAUGGAGGAGGAGGAGACAAGUGAAGUGUGAGCGACGUUUCCUAGAAGACUUGGUGUUGGUGUUCUCACACAGCCCUCGCUCACGUUUCUCCCUCCGCCCCCCAACCCUUUGUAAAAAAAAAAAAAAAUACGGGAGGAGGAGAGAGGAGAGAAAAAUGAAGUCAAUUAUACAACAGCCCGGGCUCCCUUCAGCUCCCUCCUCUCCUCUGUUACUACUACAGCUGGUGGCUCCACAUGCGGCGCUCCGCGGCCGGGAACACCGGCUCCAGUCUGUAGGCAUGUCGGCCGGCGGCUCGGACGGGACGGCGCCCAGGCCAGCAGCAGCAGUCAGUGCAGAGGAGGAAGGCCCGAGUAAUGCCAGCUCCUCGCUGCCAGCUGUCGAGCUGCCAAGGAAACGAAAGGGAGAUGCGGAGGAGAGGUCGGGCUCCAGCACACAGCAAAUCACAGACUUUCAGAUGGAUGAUGAACUCAGCAGAUCUGAAGGAGAGGAUCAGCAAGUUAAAAUGAAAUGCUUCAGGGAGCCUCACCGACAGAUCGAGAAGAGGCGAAGGGAUAAAAUGAACAACCUUAUUGACGAGCUGGCCUCCAUGAUCCCUGCCUGUCAGCCUAUGGUUCGAAAACUUGACAAACUCACUGUGCUGCGAAAGGCUGUGCAACACCUGAAAACCCUCAAAGUUGGGACAAGCAGCGCCUUUACAGACACCACCUACAAGCCUUCAAUCUUGCCACACGAUGACCUCAGACUCCUCCUGCUUAGGGCUGCAGACGGUUUCCUGUUAGUUGUAAGUUGUGACCGGGCUAAAAUCCUGUUCAUCUCCGAGUCUGUCUCCAAGAUCCUCAACUUUAGCAGGUUGGAACUGACUGGCCAGAGCUUGUUUGAUUUCAUUCAUCCCAAAGACAUCAACAAGGUGAAAGAACAGCUGUCGUCUUCGGAGUACCCUCGCCAAUGCCUCAUUGACGCUGCGACAGGGGUCCAGGUCCAGGUGGAUGGCCCCGCCAGGUCCUCCCACUUGUCCUCUGGAGCCCGGAGAUCCUUCUUCUGCCGGAUGAAGCACAGUCGGGUGGCGGGGAAACAAGAGGACAGACACUCCCUGCCCAGUACUUCCAAAAAGAAAGACGCCUACAGAUACUGUACCCUCCACUGCACUGGAUACAUGCGCAGCUGGCCGAGCAGCCAGCUGGAUGCAGAUGGAGACGUUGAGAAGGAAACCUUAAACCUGACCUGCCUGGUGACGGUGUGCCGCCCCCUCACUCACACGUCCCACCAGCCUCCCAAAGACAUCAGCAUCAAGCCCCCUGAGUUUGUAACACGCUGCGCCAUCGACGGCAAAUACAUUUUCGUAGAACAAAAAGCCACCACAAUUAUUGGUUAUUUGCCACAGGAAGUUCUCGGCACGUCGUGUUAUGAGUACUUCCACCAGGACGACCUGCAGCACCUCGCAGAGAAACACAGGCAAGUUCUUCGAAGCAAAGAGAAGAUCGAGACACAUCGCUACAAGUUCAAAACAAAAUACGGCUCCUAUGUUUCACUCCAAAGUCAGUGGUUUAGUUUCACAAAUCCAUGGACCAAAGAAGUUGAAUUUAUCGUGUCUAUAAACAGGGUUAUCUCCAGGGGGCCUGGUCACACAAAAGAUGAGGAGGCAGGCAGCUCAAAAGCACUUCAGGAGGACAUUAAGCAAUUACCCAUAAUUCCUGGCCUUUCCAGUGGAGUGGGCAAAAUGAUUUACGCAGGCAGCAUAGGGACCCAAAUUGCAAAUGAGCUCAUCGACUCCUUCAGAAUUAACUCCUCUCCAUCGAGCGGAUCUUCCAGUCCCUUUGGCGCCGCCCAGGAGAAAGGUCCUCUGGUUUCCCCACAAACCAGCACGAGUGCAUCCAGCAGAGAGGAGGCUACAGCCGCAUCACAGUCCCAGUCGGACUCGAGGACAGCAGCGGGCACUAGCAGUGCAACUUCUGAAAGUUCAGGCGAGGCGUCCCAGCUGGACUUGGACAGCAUGGUGGUGCCGGGCCUGAGCAGCUUCAGCAGCGACGAGGCAGCAAUGGCAGUCAUUAUGAGCUUGCUGGAGACGGACGUAAACAUGGGUCAAACAGGGGACUUUGAGGACUUACACUGGCCUUUCUAGAGGGCACACAGACUUUACGCUCUCACAUGCUCUUGUGCCGCUUUCUUGCAGAGAACUUGGGCGUUCAGUUGUUCAUUCUGAGCUGGCCUUGCACAAUUGAACCCACUGGACUCGUACCAAAGGCCACAACAUGUUGUACUUGAGGAAGCCCAACAGGAAUAGGAAUUAUUGUUACUGUGAUUACCUUGUAAAUCCACUCGGCCAAGUGUCCCCAGAGCCUGUGGUGAUUCAGUGUCUUCCACAGUGACACUUCAGCAUCCUGAGAGGGGGUUAAACCCAGACUUUCCACAGCAGAACGAUUUAUCUGUUCGCUCUGCUUUCCCCAAAUGAGUGACUAAAGCGUGGAGGAGAAUCAGACUCUUGCCCUGUGCAGUGCUGCUAGAGAAACUCCUCAAAACUCUGACAUUUGGGAAACCUUCGGUAUCAAGAGAUGACUUGCAUGUUUUUCAUAACAUGCUCUGAUUGUUCCAUUUUCUUUUAUUUUGUGAGAUCCUCUCUAGAUACAUUUAAAGUCAAACUAUUGUGUCCAGUAAGUACUGAAGAAGGCUACAUAUGAUCAUUGUUAUAUCUCUUUAUUGAGAAUUGUAAACUCAUAGCAUCGCAUCCUACCCACAACCACCACUGGUUCAGUUAUUCUCUGAACAUAAUAGCUUGCACACAGACUGUGCCAUUUAACAGAAGUCUGGAUGAGUGUAAUCAUGUCUUCAUGUUCAGAAAAUAUUAUUAGACUUUGAACCAUUAGACAAUUACUGUGACCCAAAGUUUGUAAACCUAAAUUACAACAAACCAACAUCUGAUACCACCAACCACAAUGUCCGAUUAUACCAGCUAGCUAAUAACAGCUAUUAGCAAUGAUCGCUAAUGCUGUCGAAAAAUACGAUGGAAAUAUGUUUGAUGCGGAAAGAUUUACCUUGGGACGGUUGAAUGAAAUAAAUACUUGAAUAUUAACUCUUGUUUACAGUUUUGGUCCCAGGAUAAAUAGCUGGCAUGGAAACAUUCAAAUUUGUUUAAAACAAACUCACGCAAAUACAACCCAAAUCUGUCUGUGAAUUUUGUCAGUACAAAGAAGUCACAAAAGUCAGUUUUGUGUAUAACUGAGAGGUUUCUCAUUCCCAGUUUGUCAAAUAUUGACACUUGUCACAGCACUUAGGUAUGUGAUACUGACUCACAAGGCAUCUUGUAUGACUCUAACUCUAAAAUAAACCCAGCUGUGGCAAAAUAUUAGACGCUCAAAGUUUGCAGUAUAAAGAGUGAGAAAGUCUGCGUAGGGAGAACUCAGGGGUGUUUUGAUGGAUCAAACAAACACCAGGCUGUGUUACCAUGGAGACUGAUGUUCAUGUCUAAGGUGAAAUCAACAUCAACAGUCAACAAUGUGGUAUUUACGUUGACUAUCUAAUUUAUGUACCUAACUCACUCAACUUUUUCUAAACAUUACCAAAUAGUUUUGUUUGAAUUCACAACAUUAACCAUGUACCCCAUGAUCGUAAAACUGUGACCGUAUCAUAGUUUGACGCAUAGGGCUUACCACUAAGUGAAAAAGUGACGCCAAGGGGUCCUGACUAAGUGCUGUAUGUGAUGGGUUGGGAAUGAGGACGGGUUGGCAUAGUAACAGGCGACAGGUUGUGAUGUAAUAAAUCGUAUUUAUAAUGUAGGCCUCUUAAAUUUAGAGAAAUGUCCUGUUUCAGUAGAUGAAUGUAAAAUCAGACUAAUAUGUAUAAUCCACACCCAUUAAGUUUAAAAAAAUAUAAAUUUCAUAGAUAAUUAUAACUAAUUUUUGAGUGGAGGAGAUCCGUGUAAAGUGUCUGUUUUCAUAUUGAAUGUGCACUAAAGGACUGAGCCCUUGUACGCCAAUAACGUGUUCACAUAUCACAUAUUUACUGUACUCCAAUAGUUCUGUGAAGGUGAUCCACUGUACACUGAACUCCUGGGAAAAUAUGGAAGGUGGAUGGGAGAAUGUUUUCCAGUGUUAGCAUGGGACAAGAUGUUGCUAGGCCAGAGUUUAUUACUGUUUUGUCACGUCUUAUAUACCCCUUGCCAUUACCCUUCCUGUUGCCCCAGAAUAGUAUCGGAACAGCCUGGCACUGCACAGGAACCAGCCAUAGUAUUGCUAGGGAUACAAUACUGGUGCAGUUGAUGUAUUUCUGGGUGUGGACACCAUCAUGAUCAUCAUCAUUAUUUAUUUUCCUAUGACCUAACUCCAAAAUGCCAAUCAUGUUGGCAUGGCAUGCUGAAUGAAAGUGAGUUCAGUACAAAAGUUAAAGACAUUCUAUCACAAAAUAACCCCUGAAUUGUACUGUAACCUGAUAUUAAAGUAUUAGCAUGUGGGGGUAGUUUUUCCUUUCAGACUGAGUGACUGGCCUUCGUACUGCACCUGUAAACUCUGGUUAUAUCACUGGUUCCUCUAAUCUUGAAAGCAUAAUGUGAUUAUGUUGCCUUGAACAUAUGCUGUUUCUGACAUGGUUCAAUUGUAAAUCAACCGUUAUGUGCUCUCUCUGGCUUUGGAAGCCAUGCUGUUGGACAGUUAUUACUGUUGCCAUCAGUGCCAUCAGUAAUGGACACUAAAGCAUAUUGAACAUGCCCUGCUAUCAAAAGACAAAAUGUCUGAUAUUUGUACGUGCAAAUUGUCGUUGAUAUGUCUGCUGUAAUAAGGAAUGGAAGUCUUUGAAAGUAAAACAUUUUUUUUAAUAAAAGCUCUGAAUUCUA